AUGCCUGACGAAUUCCCAGCUGAUAGUUAUUUGAAAUUUCAAAAAAAAAUGCCUGGAGCGACCUAUGUGAUACAACCGUCGAUCAAAAUGUGUUUUGAUGAUGGAAAGUUGGCUGUUGGGAAACGGGUUUUCGAUGCGGGUUGUGGACGGGGCUUCCAUACAAAAAGAUUCCUGGAAUGGGCGAAGGAGUACUUGCCCAAAACCCCCAACGUCCACCUCGAGGUCCAAUCAAUCGUUGAUUUGAAAAUCCCUUCUGAUAUUGAAAAAUUCGAUGUGGUUACCUCAAUCUUUGUUCUCCAUUUUAUCAAUAAAAGAGAGGAUUUGAGAAAGGCAAUUCACAACUUGAGUUGUCUUCUAAAAAGUGGAGGCACAUUGAUCGCCUGCUUUCCUAAUUUUGAGGCUGGCUUUGAAUGGCCAAGGGAUGAGGCUUUAAAAUUUGGAAUUGGUAUGUCUUUUGAUGAAAGUGCCGGUUUCAAGGAUGGUUUAGCAGCAAAGAUCAACAUUUAUCAAGGAAAUGAAAUCAAAGUCUCAAUGGGCGCCUACUUGUGGCUGCGGUCAACAUAUCAAGAAUUCCUGGAAGAAGCCGGUUUUGAGAAGAUCAAUUUUCUCUCUCCAAUCGUCUCCGAAGAGGGUAAAAAUGAGUUCGGUGCGGAGUUUUUCCACAAUUUGCUCAAUCCACCAAAAGAUAUUUUUGUAAAAGCUGUGAAAAAA